AUGACUGAUAACGCCGUUUAUUAUAACGACGCCAAAGACUGGGAAGAUUGGCAGAUGGAAUUCCGCAAACGAGCGGAAGGCGAAGACGUCUGGCAGUAUAUCGAGCCGACUAGCGACCUUCCGUGGCCGCAAGAGCCUACGCCACCGAAUAUCGCGGACUACUACUCCAGACGAUCAGGCGAGGAAUACGCGAGUCACCGGAUGGAAGACGCUCGAAUCGCCUUUAAGAAUUAUCUCCGAUCAGCUCCAAAGAAGGAAGCAGGGCUCGAGAAGUGGAUCGUCAGAUGGAAAGAGCUCAUGGCUGAAGUCGAAGAAACGGCGCCACUCUGGGCAUCGAAUUACCGACUGAACAAGCUAGAUGCAGUGAACAAUCGCGAAGUCAGCUAUCGCGAAGUGGCAACGAAUCUGUUGAGGGAAAUCGCCAAUAGACGCAACCGCAGCGCGGUUCCAAGAGGCAGCUACAAGGCCGGCUUCUUGACUCUCCACGGUCAGCAGGCUAAUCAGGACGAUAUCGACCAAGAUGACCGCGAUACUUAG